AGAUUUUGUUUUACUUGAGGAAAGCUAAUCGGAUUACCUUGUACCUCGGCGGUUUGUGGCGAAAGUUUUUUUGCGAGUUCACCUCAAUACGGAGUUCUUUAGUGCGAAGGAACCAAGGUCCUUGGCUUUCCAGUGAACCGCAGCAGUAGUAACAACUUCCAGCCAGUUUUCUGUAUACACUAAUUUGAAAGAACAAGCUCCCUGUAGUGCUGAAAGAUAGAUUUUGACUCCGUUUAAUCGUACUGAUCAAUGAAAUUGCUGUAUCUGUACUAUCGCACCAGGAGGUUGAUGGGUUUAUCUCGAUAAGGCUGCAGCUUCGCGCAAGGAAUAACAAACUGAUUUCUGUAAAUACCUACACAUCACUUGCAGUGAAUAUUAAUAAAAACCACCCGCCUUAUCGUUAAGUGCUGUCGAUAAUCCAAUAUCUUAGUUCCGUUCCUCGAAUUGGUCGACUUUACAAAUUCAAAAUCGAACAGCAAAGUUUAUGUAGUUUGUAAGACACUGCGAGCGUAUUUCGAAUGUCAUGACACAGCGGUUACGCGUUCUAUGUUCGCAUUAGCUCCUUGCUAAAUUAUCAGUCAGUGAAGAAAUUAUUAUCUACGAGCACUAUGGCUUUCGAGGGCCAAGAACAGCUGCCUCAAUACAAAAUUCGCCAAAAGCCUAUUAUCAGACCAUUAGAAAUGUGUGAGAGCUUGAUGGCUUGGUCAUCAGUUAUGCAUACAUUAUCACGCACUGCACAAAAGCUGUGCCAUUAUGAAAUUACGUCCAUUUUUAUACAGACAGCUUUUUUGCCCUCACUUAUUCCCGCAGAUGCUCCAGGUAAAUAUUGGAAAAACCACGGACCCCUAAUUACAAGACACUUACACGGUUCGAUCGAGUGAUUGAGCGCGAGGUUUCGCGUUGGCCUAUAUUGGACCGCCUGUGCUAAACAUAGGCGCAAAACUGUUUCGGUUUUCGAUUGAGCAAUUAUCUGUUACCCGUUUGCUACAAGUUACUUAGGUCGCUGUUAUUAGCUGCAUUAUCUUUUGCCAUUGAUAGGCGGAUAACUUGUGUCGCAAAGCCAUUAUACAAGUACACACAACAAGAAUUUGACCAAACGCGAGCGGGUAUAGGACAGCAACUCAUUCGUCUUACUAGAAAUCGUAAAAUGCGUUUACGAGAAUUCAAUUAGUAGCGAAAUGAGGCUGGAUAGCCGAAGUGAUAAAAAAUUAAUGGCUCAACAAAAUUCUUGAAUGAGAACCAUAAUAGUUCACAGCCUAUCAAAGGCGCUACUGAAGAAGUUUUGCUUUCGUAACUUUUGCCCAUAAAGGGGGUGGGAAAUGUUCUCACUUCUGACAAUCAUAUCAGCUUUGGUUUGCGCAAAUAUCGAGAAAUAUUUAUCCAAGGCUCCCUUUGAAUAAACAAUUAUUACCAUCAAAUCACCGAGUUAUUGAGUUUUACGCCAAAAGGGUGGGAAAUCAGAACAGACGACACAAAAUGAAUUAUUUAGUGCACUUAUUUGGCAAUAAAUUCUAGGCUGCAAACCAGAACAUUUUCCACCAUGUGGUCGGCUUAAAAGGUGAGAAACGAUUCGUGGACGAAGAAAGCACCGAAAAAAAAUAUUGUGGACGAGAUCCGCAGGGCUUAUUUCGAGCCGGUUUCCUUCCAAGGCCGUGAGAAUUGUUUCAACAUUGGUAGGUAAAAAUUCAUAUCGUUCAGUAUCAAGCGUAGAUCCAAAAUGUGAUAAUUAUGCAAUUAUCAAUUUUAGAUAGAGUGAUUGAUAAGUUGGAGCAAGCCUCCCUGUCAUGAGCUUCAACAGAGGUAGGUAUUAAGAGGGAGCGUGGCUCGCUAUAUCGAGAGGUGAAUGGCAUUUCCGGCUGCAAACCACGAGCGCAUUUAUCUAGUUCCCGCGAGAAUUUACACUUUCCGCUACGUUUGCAGCAAAGUCGGAGAGAAGUUGUUUCGAGGAGCACUGUGCUAAGUAAAUAAACGUCUGGGACAGGAACUGAGAAACGCUCCGAACACAAACUUGAUUGUUAAGGGGCUAUCACAGUUGAGAAAUCAAAGACACCGACAACCGACUCACUGUCGCCACUAUGACCCUCAAAGAAUUUUCCCAUUAGGCCAAAAAUGCUAUUUCACACGGUUACUUCUGCAAGAACAACGGCAAUGAACAGCCCAGCUUCCAAAGGCUUUCCCUGAGGGCUCGCGCCCGUCUAAAACUCUUCCGCUCAAAGACGUUUCGCGCUUUCUUCAUCGAGGCUUCAUACUACGCCCAGAAACCAUACGUGCCCACGUUUGUCAAAUAAGCACAGUUGUAGUCGAAGAACAAUGCCAAUGAGUGUUCCGGGUCACUCGCCCCUAAAAUUUAAGCAAAUUGAGAAGAUAAAAGAGUCACUGAGUUUUAGAAACUUGUAUUCUUCUUGAUGGGCAGUAGCACGCGUCUGUCUUUGUUUCUAGCCGGGUUGUCGCGACUUGCUUGAGGGGAACGUUCGUCAACCGAGAAACCCUCUUUGAUUAAACUUUGUUUCGUAUCUGUUUCUUACUGUGAUCUCUUGGUCGGCUACCAAGUUUCCUGAUUGCGUUCCUAGGAAAGCGAUAAGGAAAUAGGCAAACUUCUCUUAAAUUUUAUCAAAUUAUACACAAUAGUCUUUUUAUUUUUUAACACCAUUUGCAAACAAACAGCUCACGCAAUGAAGUGAAUCUUUUCAAGCGGAACACUUAUGAGCGAGUUCUGUACGUCUUGGGUAUUAACAUCUCUCGUCUGUAACCAUAACAUAUAAUUGCUACUUCGUUUAUCUGUUCUUACGUAUUGUAAUUUUAGUGAACUUAUCCUCCUUAGAUUGCGGCGGAUUAUUUGCUUUUACAAAUGUUUAAAAUCACAAAGGAACAUGCUACAACAAAUAGAAACGAGAUAUGUUUUUCUCGUCUCACCAUCGUUCUCAUAUGAUAACGCGCUUUUCAAAGUUCAAGAGUAUUUCGAGUUCCUUCAAUAACUGCUCCGAAUCCGCUUAUAAAAGCUUCGCAGUUAAGACAUUUAACCCGAAAUUGGCUUGCCGUACAAGUCUUGUCUAAAGUAAUCCUUCUUGGAGAGCCGUUUAGGGACGCCAAGUGGAUCAAAUACAUUUGUCAAUCACGAAAACUCUUUAGGACACAGACUCGCGUGCUCCAGUGACCACCGCAAGUCGUUUCGCUUUGUAAUUUUCAACCCCUCCGCAGCGAAAUGAUGAAUUUUAAGGACUAGUAAAUUGCUUAUUACUGAUAAGACAUUUUUCGUGCCCACAAUGAGCUUACAAGCAGAAAAUUUGCAUGCAGAGGCUAGCAAUUCGGGCGUUUACCGACUCGUGCCAUACCGAUAGGGCUUAGGGAAGGUCCAGCGCGAAAUUAUUUCCAAACUAUCUUCUUUCACAUUUCGAGGAUUUAGAGUUUCUUGGUUAAUUUCUUUGUAAAGUAUAUCCGGACCAAUAUCUCCUCAGUUUAAACUCCCUCCCGAUUUUACAAGUUGCUUAGUUAGCUCAUUGUUAUGUAAAUUCUGCGUGUGUCAAAUGUGAGACAUAGAUUUAUCGUUUUUUGUUCGUGAGUUUUUGUUGGGUUAACCUUUUGUUGGUUUUCCGUGCCAGAUAACGAUUCUGUUUAUGUGAGCGAGAUUUGUUAGUUUAGUUAAGAGUUGUGCUGGCCAUUAUUAAUACUGAACAGUAGAAGAAUAUGACUACAGUAGUUUCCUUUUUUAUGCCAAAAAAAAAAAAUCGAAUUAUUGCUCGGGGUCACCGAGUAAACGAGGCAAGAUUUUGCGCGUAAAUCUAUUUUUAAACUCUCGAUAUAUCUAUUCGGAAGCACUAUCGCAGAUAUAGAUGUACCUUGUGUUAACAGCAUAAAACGUAUAGCUUAAAAGUCAUUGCAAUUGAUUGUUUCUUCGAUACUGGACCGAGCUAAAGAUAGAAAUAGUAAGAGUGAUCUCGUAUGUAGCCAAGUACAAGCGAAGACUGAUUUCCUGUUUGUCAACUGCUUAUGGCAAUCCUAUUUGAGGUAUUAAAAGCUAAGCUUAACUUAGAUAAAGGGACUAGGAAAAACGCAAGUAGCUUUGUAGAUCCUGAGCGGGAUUUCAACAGUUUCAAGUGAAAUUAACCAUGUCUCACUUGUGUGGUACGAAACGGAUCUGAUUCAGGCGAUACUGGUUCAUGUCUGUUCACAACGGCCGUUGCGAUUGUCGACUCGACAACAAAACGAUGUCUGUAACAGUUACCUAUUUUCCCCCACAAGCGGAAAAAAACCCAUCAACCGCUCGUCUGUUUUAAACUUUUUAAUCAUCGACUUAAUAUUUUGUCCACAACUACGGAUACGCUGCUAUUUAAGUACAAUGACACCCCAACUGAUUGUUUCUAAAUGCGUUUUGAAGCCGUUUUAGCCACAAUUUUUGCCUCUUUGUACAGAUUCCUGCGGUCGAACAACACGCUCUUUCAUACUGUCAGCAUUAUUCUCAUUUCCUUCGACAGCGUUUCCUGUGUAGAAUUGAACACCUUUUCAUUUUGAAUAAAAAACAGCUUCUAGCCCUCCAACGUUGAAACAGUUAGUAACUAAAAUCAAAGUUACCUACCGCCGAUCAAUGGUUCUCACAGAUGGUUUUAUCCAUAAAAAUUCCUGCAUGCACGGCGACUCCACAAAGCCUGUAGCUUUCGAUAUUCAUCUGAUGUACAACCGAUAUAUCUCGCAGCUUUAAAUUGUCUUGGCGCUAUGAAAAUAUAUCACUUUACGAUCUUUGUUUUGGUGCAUCGAAAGAUCUGUUUUCCCUUGUUUUUAUGCAACACGUUGCAUGUUGUGUGAGAACAACUUCACACGUCAACCAGGACGCGAGCCCAAAUUCUCUGUAUUGCCGACAGUUCUCUAUGCCUGCAAGUUUAGCUAGCGUUUAUGGUUUUAAUCCGUUUUUAUCACGAUUCAAUGCUUUAUCAGUUUGCCCAGUCGAGAGCGCUUUAAAGCCCUACAGUUCGGUUUCCAGAUAUAAAAUCGAUCGCGGACAUUAAACUUGUUUUAGCGAUUAACUGAUACAGUGUACCAAACCUGCACAGUAUGCAAGCAAGAUACGACACCCCCUACAUCAGAUAAAGCUAAACGGAGUUUCCUGUUUGGGAAAGUUUUCAAAUUAUCACCCUUCUUUCACGGGCCUCAAAGUCUACUCUACCCACGAACCAUCGACGGCUAUAUCGAGCUGUAUCUUGGUCUGUUGUGGUGGGCGGUGGCUUUGAGAGCUCACGGAUUUCCAAAGAUUAAUUUUUCAAAACAGGACGAGAAUGCGUAAUAAACAGUUGUGUGUUUUCAGAAAUCAGAAAUGCAAUCAUGCAUGCUGGCGAUUAUACAAAAGAUUUCAUCGCCACCGUACACAAAGGAAAAUGGGAACAUUUCACUGAUAACCUCUUUCCUCUUUUGACUUAUCUCUCCAGCAAAGCAAUGCUUGUGUGUUUUACGGAUUUAGUCUAGCGCAAUGUGUAAAGAUAGAUAUAUCUAGUUAGCUACCGUGUGAGUCGCACAGUGUUUGUCGGCGCCGGCUCCUCGCAGCUCCGUACAGUCUCGGCGCGUAGCAACUGUUAAAAAGUCUCAAAGUAGCCGGGAACUUCAGCAUGUCUUUGGAGAACGUUAACCGGGAGACCUGCAUCUUGGGGAGUCUCUGUCCUCUCGUGUUCGGAAGAGCUGUGCCCGAGGGCUUUCGAACUCCUCUUCCUGGUUUCUCGCGACUUGGCAUUCUGAAGAUGGAAGCGGUCAACCCUGAACACAGAUGGAUUCACCCAGCCGUUAGCCAACAACACGAAGGCGCUCAUGGCAGCGACAGAAUGCAGCCUUCUGUCUCGAACUGCGCAGCAAACAACAUGAAUUUGGUUGAAACGAACCAACUUCUUCCUCCAGACGAAGUGGACGUUUUCUUUCACCACCUAGACAGCUCGGGAAACGCACCAAAUUGGUCGUACACUCCCGGCGGUCGGGCCUACCGCCCGUCAAUGUGCCAAAUGGCCGCGCACGGUGCUACAGCUUUUCAAGAUCCUCAAAGCCAAUCUGGACAAGGAAGCUGUAGCCGGGUGUUCUUGCCAACCGCUCGCGUUCCACCAGGUCAGGUUUGUCGUCCUCAUUUCCACACUCCGAUCCAGUGGAUUGAAAGCAAGCCAGCGCCGGGACUCAUGUCGCACGGUUGUUCCACCGCUACUCCACCGUCGGUUUGGUGUCCUUCGUUCCAGCAGGGCCAUCGUCCAAGUCCCGUGCCUGUUUCCAUGCCUCCUUCGGCAGUUUCGGGCUCCAUGUCAUUGUCUCACAGCUCGGCGCAUUUAUUCCCCUUCCCGCCAACACCGCCAAAGGAUAUAAACUCUGGCGAGAGCGGAGUAAUGGGCAGCGAUAUUUUCAGCUACGGUAGUGAAGAGAAGGCACGUUUGAAAGCCGGAAUGCCGCUUGUUUCCCCGAGACCCGACACGGCUCCUUUCACGGGCGCUCUCCCACAUUACGUUGGUUCAGAGCUUAAUAUGUCCUCUUUCGGACCACUGCCUGGUUUGCCCGGGCUAAUGGCGAAUAGAAACUUUCCUAGAACCAGAACCAAGAGCCGAUCGAACUCAGCGGAUGGGCGCGAAUGUGUGAAUUGUGGCGCUACUUCAACCCCGCUUUGGCGGAGAGAUGGUGGAGGACAUUACCUCUGCAACGCCUGUGGAUUGUACCACAAGAUGAAUGGAGCCAGCCGUCCUCUCAUAAAACCUAAACGAAGAUUGUCGGCAGCCCGCAGAGCUGGGACAUCUUGUGCUAAUUGUCAUACCACACAGACUACACUCUGGCGACGCAACCAAAACGGAGACCCAGUUUGCAACGCGUGUGGACUGUACUGGAAACUCCACGCGGUGAACCGACCGCUCUCCAUGAAGAAGGAUGGCAUCCAGACGCGAAACAGAAAAGUUUCUUCAAAGAACAAGAACAAGUCUAAGGGUGUAAAACAAGAACAGAAACAUGGCAGCGAAGACAAACUCAUGAGCAGCCGAGAUUCCAUGCCUAACAUCAGUCAAGGCAGUUCAGUAUCCAGUAUGAUCAGCCCAGUUAUUAGUCCUACAAUUCAUACUCCGACCGCGUUUUCAAGGCCGUCCAUGACCGGUUUACCCACGCUUCACCCGGGUCUAUACGGGCCGCUUAUUCCUGCUCCGACUUCGAAUCCGUCAAGUUAUUUACCUGCUCCUCCAGCUGUCUCGAUAAACGCCUCUUAGGAAAAACUACGACAAGACUAGCUGCCGUGACGUCUUCAAGGAAAGAGAAAAACAUUUAACUAGUGCGAGAAAAGCGUCUCUGCAUGCUAUGAAACGACAGGCAGUUCUUGCUGAACAAGUUCCGCCGAAGAAAACGUACUCGUCGCUCGCCCUCCCGCCCCUCCGUCCGUCCUUCGGAGCCAAGUUCUAUUGUAAUUACAAAUUUUCCCGUGUAUCUGUACAUCAAUUAGAACUUUCACCCGCAGAAAGGCCGGGAAAGAAAACAUAAAAAGGAAAACGGACACAAGUUAAGUUGAAUGUGGUGCGUACCUUAGUAAAUGUUCCCGUCGUAUUAAAGUUCUCGUCCGUUUCACGUGUGGAAUAGCCAUACGAGAAUUAAAUAAGACUCGCUGAGAAGAAAAGUUGGGUUGGAAAAACUAGCAAGAAGAGCGAUUCGGUUGUGUACAAAUUGAAGGUUUUGCGAUGUUGUUCUUUUUCUGCAGUUUUGGACAGGUUAAAUAUUGUACAAGUUCGUGAUAAGAUUAGGUGUUGCGCUGUGGAAGUUAACUUUCUUUCAGAUAAAGCCGCCCUGCUUGCGACAUGAUAAAAAGGUCCUCAUAUUUGAUUUCAUGAUAUUUGUGUGUAAUUAAAAGAUUUAUCGUGCACUCGUAUAUCGCUUCUUGUCUCAAGGCUCAAAAAUCCGUGAGAUAUGAGACCGUAUCGCUCUGAAAGGAAAAUAUACGCUGUAAAUAUUAAACUUGGAAAAUAACUGAAUCUAUUCAUGCAGGUUAUGUUAUCAACACAGAUUUCUUCUACUGUUCAUUCUGGAAAUCGUCAAAGAAAGAUUAUCUCUCUUGUUGUUCAUGUAGUUAUUUCUAUCUUUUAGCGUUCGUUGAAUUAUAAAUCAUGUUUUCCAUCUUCUCUCUUGUAAAACCUGUAUGAAGGUCAUUGCUUUGUCAUUCGCUAUGUUAGCGAUCGAGAAUAGUAUAAUUAUAAUUAUUAUAUCUAAAUAUAUGAACAUUGAGACUCAAAAAACUUAACUAAAUAAAGUGAAAUCCACUGGAAAA